AUGUAUGAUCAGCAAGAUCAGCUCCCGGAUCGUCAAGAGUAUCACAAGUAUGUAGUUGUCUGUGUAGAUGAUUUCUGCCAGAAGUACGGUAUCCGUAACAGUGUCAGAAGCAAAUUUGGUCUAUCUAACCAGGUAGAUUCUAUAGACGAAGACAGCUUUGAGCGGAUCAAGGGAGAGCUAGGAUGUGGGAAAAGAAUGGGUGAAGACGAAAAAGUAGAGGAUGGUGUGUACAAAAGGCACUGUCAUGAAUUAGAGAAUUCUAUAAUGGAGGGUUCCACUCUUGAGGUGCUUUCGCAAGACUUACUAUGGAGCCAACAGGAGUUCCCAUCGGAGCUAAUUGUAUCUGAGGAUAUAAACAUGGUCACAAUGGAGAAUGACGAUACCAAUGUGCUAUGGGAUCCUUCCAUGACUAUACUAGAAUCAGAAAGGCAGCAAGCGUCGCAAGACCCUGAGCCCGAGCCCGAGCUUUUACAAUCAGAUGAAUUCCACCGGGUUAGUAGUCCGCCAUCUGCUGUGAACUUCUAA